AUGGAUACAAAAAAUCAAGACUUUAUCGAGGUCAUGGAAACGAUGACAAGCAGUCUUUCAGCCGCUCGGGCAGCACUCAAAACCAUAAAACAAAGCCAGCAGAAUUUGGAUGUAAAGGAUGGAAUAUCUCUUCUGUCGCUCAAACAUCAUGUAUUUCUAUCGUAUCUGCAGUCGCUGGUUUUAGUUUCGGCCCAACGCGUUUUGGGCAAAACUCUGACUGAACGUUCCCCUCCUUCUGAAUCAUUUGGCAGCAAGGAGAGAGAAGCUCGAGGGAAUAAUCCCGGCGAUUUGAUCGACUCCAUGAUUGAAAAUCGAGUUGUCUUGGAAAAGAUCGACGUAUUGGAGAGUAAAAUGCGGUAUCAGAUUGAAAAGCUCGUUCGCCUCGCAGAUGAACCAGGGCAAAGCACAAAAGACAUAGAAGACCCUCUCGCCUUCAAACCAAAUCCAAUGUCGCUCAUGCAGACAGACGUACCUGCUCAGGAAGAAUCGUCUGCGCAAAAUCAUCGCGAAUCUACAAAUGACGACCAGGGCGAUGGCAUCUACCGCCCACCACGCCUUGCGCCUAUGCCUUAUGUAGAAAAAUCUAAAAACAAAGAGCGCCGUAACAGGGCUCCCGUCCCUUCUGCUCUCGCCAAUCUGGCUGUGGAUCCUUCUCAACCUUUUGUGGAAUCUACAUCGGGUCUUGGCGGUGCUCCGUCUCUCGCUUCAGGUCGCGCUCAAUACCUUAAGCGACUUAAAGAUUUCGAAGAGGAUAACUUCACGCGUGUCAUCAUGAAGAAAAGCGAUGCUAAGCGCCGUGCAAGAGACGAAGAAGACCUGGCUCUUGGCGGUGACCUUGGUGGCGGAUCAGGACACAGAGCUCGUAGGGGAGCUGGAACCCUGGAUGAUGAAUUUAGUGAAGUUCUACGGAGUGUGAGUCGAGUCACUGGAGGUCGCGGUCAAGGCGAUGGGUACGAAGAACUAAGAAAACGCGGAAAGAAGAUGGAUGUCCUUGAAAGAAGCCGGACAGGAAAGAAACGCGAUGCUCCUGGUGACGAAGGUCAAGAAACUCAGAGAAUGAAGAAAAGAAGUCGUUUCGAAUUGGAGACCAAGGUUGCAAAGAAGAAAAUUGCAAAACGCUAA